AUGAAAGUGAGUUUCACUUCAGCUAUUCCAAUAAUACCAUUGGAAAUAAAACAAGGAAGCAAUACUACUGAUAAUAUCUUUAUUCAUCUUGAAAUCGAUCAAUUAAUGAUUGACAAGGCUUUAAAUGAAUCCAUUGAAUCCAUGGAACAUAACGCUGACAGUCAAUUCAAACAAUCAAAUUUAAACAAUAGUUAUCAUUCAAUGGAGUCAAUGUCAAUAUUCUAUGGAAUCCUUUCAUGGUUAAUCCAACUAUCAAUAUAUGGUGGUGAAGUUGAAUUUUCUCAAACAGAAGUUACGCUUAAGACAAUAGGUUUAAUACAAACAGCUUCAUUGGGUUGUAAAGAAUCAAAUCAAUUACAAGAACCAAGAAUAAAAUGUUUUCUACAAGCUAAUUUAUGUCAUUUAGAGGAUAAUAAAGUUUCUUUGGAUGUUUUAAAGUCAAUCAUAAGUAGAAAAUGUUCAGAACAGAUAAAUCAAUGGAAAAAUUAUAAUAAUUGGAUAUAUAAUCCUGAAGGAAUUCAUCUACCAAAGUUAAAUAUUCCAAUAUCAUUGAAUGUGUUUAAUAUUCAACUUGAUGUUUCUAAUUUUUGGUUUCAAACACAACACCAAACACAACCUAAUUCUUAUAUUGGUAAAAUCCAACAUGACAACUCCAUUUGGAACACUGAACCUAAAAUAGAUCAAGAUAAUGAUGAAAAUAAUACUUUCAAUAAUGAGUAUGAUCAAUGGAUUAGAAAUAUUCACCCAUUAAAACAAAACUAUUGUCGUUUAAAAUCUCAUUCAAUAUAUGCAUUGAACAUUGAACAGUAUUGUACAACUGUCAUUGAAAUCAAUUUAUCACAGUUACAGCUAAAUAUUAUUGGACAGUUGAUCUAUAGUUUAUUGAUUAAUUUUCAUUUAAGAAAUUUAUACACUUCAGGUAUUCGUAUAGCUUGGUUAUCUUCUAAAAAUACAUAUCACAAUGAAGGUGACAACUGUUUAAAGCCUUACUUAAUCUUAGCUAUUCGCGGGAUUCAAUCACAUAUUGAAAUCCAGCAUAUUUUAAACUGGUUUACAAACAAAAAAUCAAUAUUCUUAUCUAAAAGUGUACAAGUACAUGGCAGUUGUUACGAUGAUGUGAAUAAGGAACAUAUUAUUCAUUGGUUCGGUCCUCGUCUUACACAUCCGUCUAUUCUGAAUUACAUUAAAACAUUUAAAGAUAACUUAUCAAUAUUGAAUAAUAGUCAAAAUGAACAUUGGAUCAUUGAGUACGGAGCAACUAGUCUAUUUUUAUUAUUAUCAUCACAAUGUUAUCAAUUAAUACCGAAAUUAAUUGAAUUAUUAACCCUAAAUUAUGGCUAUAAAUUAGUUGAUUUAAAGUAUUGGAAUUCUGUUCAAUGUUCCAAUGAUGUAAAUUUACAUGAUUUGAAGCAAUAUUUCAAUGAAUUAAUUAUAAAACAACAAUUUCUGUGGAUAAAUCAGUUUAAAUUAAAUACCACAACUACUACUACUUUUUCUGAUGAAAUCAGUAGUCAGUUAAUUUGUAAAAAUUAUUAUUUGAUAAUUAUUAAACAUGAAAAUGCUUUACAACAUUUGCAGUGUUUAAAAGAACAAGUGAAGGUAUUUAUUCAUAGGCAAAAUUCAAUUAUUCACAGUUUAAAGGAUAAUCCUGAAACUGUCUUCAUUCAUCUUCAGCCUAUUGAUUCGCAAACUGCUAAUAUCUUUCAGCUGAAUAAUUUGAAUUACUUACCUAUAAGUAAUACUGAUGAGAAUGCAACAAGUCAAGGUCAACUAGACUUAUCAGCCAAUAAGAAUCCAGUCUAUCCAGAUUGCGAAUCCCUUAGUUUUAUAUUAUGUGUACCAUGUUUAAAUGUUGCGCCACAAAAUGAAACUGAUCACCAUAGUAAUGAAAUAAACAAAUCAUCACAUCCUAUUCUUCAUUUCACUGAUCUUCUUCAAUAUCUUAUUGAUUUCAAUCAAACUAAUCAAUCUUCUAUUAAUAUUAUCUCAGUGAAAUGGAUAAGUUUGCGCCAGCUUACUGAUAUUCAUCGAAAAUUGAUUAAUGAUUUGCUGUAUAUGAAUAAUACUCAUAAAAGUAUGCAACAAUGCUUAAAUUUAUUCGAUGCAUUAUCUUUAAAUCAACAUAAUAAUAACAGUAAUGAUCAAUGUUCAAUUGGUUGUGUUUUAAUUCACGGUGAAAAUUUACUACACUGUUUAACUAAAUGGUUUAAUUCAAAUCAAAUUUAUUUUACUUUGGAUUUAUUAAGUGUUAAAAAGUUAUCUGAGAUAUUUUUCAGUUCAACUGAACUUUGUACAUAUUUUGAUUAUACCACAAGAUGUCAAAUAAACAAUCAACUAUCUACUUUACCUGAUAAGGAACAAUUUAAACAUGUUUGGAAUGAAAUAAUCAAUACUUUAGUGAAUCAUAAAUGGUGUAUAAAAGAAUGCUGUCUUCAAAUAAACUAUCAGCAUCAUCACCAUCAUCCGGAGAAGUUUAUAUCCUCAUCUGACUGGUUGAAAAAUUUAUGUCAAAUACUGAAAAUUUUGUUGAAUGAAGGUUUUAACAUAACUAACUUGUAUACAACAAAAAAUAAUGAGGCUUGUCUAUCAGUUAGUCGUGUCAACGCCGUGAAUCGACUGCGUCAAAUGAAUUGGAUAACAGAUGAAAUAUUAUCGAUGCAUAAAACACCUUUACAGCUAUUAAAAGAAUUAAUUCGUGUACAACGUUCAAAACUGCAACAACAAUCUGAUGAAUUCUAUCUCUCUGAAAUUCCAUCAAAUGAUGAAGCUGUACAAAGUGAAUUGGCUAAAUUUCAUGAAAGAUUAAGUCAAUUAACUCAAAACAAUAUUGAUUCAAUAAAGCAAUUCAAUGAAACUACAACAAUUGAGAUUUACAAUGAUCUUACAGAUACCUGGUCAACAGUGAAAUCUAAUCAAAUGAACUUAAUUAUCAUCCGUUAUGAUGAAUAUAACACCGGAGAGGCUAUACAUCCGACAGAUAACAAUAUCAGUAGAAAUAAACAUCAGAUUCUUUUGAAUAUAUUGAAUAAAAUAAGAAAACAUGAAUUCAUUCUAGCUGCCUUGUAUUUGGGCUACGUUGACAAAGUACAUAUCAGUCUAUUCGAUAGAGUCCAGUUGAAAAACUGUCAAAAUAAUAAGUUGAAAGAACCAGGUCAAUAUGCAAUACUUGCUGUAAUAAAUCCGUAUAUGCUGGCCUCCUUAGUGGAAAUAGUAAGUGAAGAAUCAGGUGCAGACAGUACAACAAAUGAAAACAUGAACAGUGUAUACAUUUCAGAUGAAUAUCAAUCGUCUAUUGACAAGCUGGUGCCAAUUCAAUCAUUUCUACUGCCAAUAUGUCGAAUUACAAACGAAUAA